AUGUCCGAAGAUAUUCUGUUGGCAAUACCCGAGGAGUUCCGGGCCUUCCCUUACAAUGCACCAUAUAAAAUCCAAAUCGAUUUAAUGCAGCAUCUCUACGAGGCAAUUGAACGGCGAAAAUUAGCAGUUGUUGAAAGUCCUACAGGCACAGGUAAAACACUAAGCCUGUUGACAAGCUCCCUUACUUGGCUGCAUGACCACAAGGACCGUAAAAAGAGGAUAACGCUGGAAAGCUUGCGCGGCUCCCUGGACUCUGCGGAUGACCCAGACUGGGUCAUUACGCAGACCCUUGACCGCAUGAAAGCAAAGAUUGAAGAAGAGGAACGUGCCUUCGAGGAGCACCUUGCAAAACUUCGAUACGAAGAGCAGAUAAUGAGAAAAGGGAGCGCCCGAGUGACAAAACGACCUAGAUUAAUGGAUCGUGAUGCAAGCCCCGUAGCGGGUUAUGACGAUGAUAUCUUCCUUCCCGAAGACCAAGAUACUAGCACGCACCGUAUAGAUGUGAACCCAAUACUGGACUUACAAGAUUCCAAGUUCGUCUCAGCGGUCCAUUGUGAUUGUAUUCGCUAUUAUUCAUUUAUUUUCAGACAGACUGUAUCGCCGGCCUCAAGCACGAAGGUUUUCUUCGCUUCUCGAACUCACUCACAACUGUCGCAAGUAAUACACGAACUAGAAAAGUUAAAACCCGAUGGUUUCAAUCGUGAGAUCGAGGAGGACAGUCGCAUUUCUCCAAGAAAUGGCAAUGGAUCAUCAUCUCCCCUUCCGCGUAGCGUGUCUCUGGCUUCUCGUACCCAUCUAUGCAUAAACGAGAAGCUCCGUGCCAGAACCGCUGAUCUGGAUGAGGGUUGUCGCGAAUUACUUCAAGGCCGUCAAGAAGAUCGCUGUCCCUAUCUACCCCAGCUUGGUGAAGAAGAUCGUUUGCAUGACAUCCGCGACAGGAUACUGGCUUCCCCCAAAGAUAUCGAAGACUUAGUCUCUACAGGCAAGGAACUAAGACUUUGCCCAUACUUCGGCUCUCGUUCAGCCGUCUCAUCUGCAGAGCUCGUCACACUUCCUUACAACCUCCUAUUACACAGCCGUUCUCGUCAGGCUCUCGAGAUAGAUCUAACUGAUCAGGUCGUCAUCGUCGACGAAGCCCAUAAUCUAAUCGAGACGCUCUUGCAAUUGCAUACAGUUGAGCUAUCGACUAGCUUACUACGACGCGCGAUCCAACAAUUAGCAAAAUACUUUAGUCGAUUCCGUACACGGCUUACUACUAAUCACGCUGUCCAUCUAAAACGGCUUUUGCUUUUCCUACGAGCAUUGGAGAAUUUUGCAGGAAGCUGCUCCAACAAGACACCCUCAGUGCCGGAGCAUGAAGUCGUCAUGUCCGUAUCCGCCUUCGUAGACAACAUGGGAAGCAAAGUCAACGAUAUCAACUUCCUUGAACUGCAUUCCUACCUCACCACAAGCAAGAUAGCUCACAAGGUCAGUAGGUACUCAGAAGAAGGCGAGGUUGGCACCGAAGAACCUACAGUCCAAAAGGAACGAGUUUCAGGCUCUGUACUUCCCGUACAUGUCGUCGAAGCAUUCAUCGCAAGCCUUGCAAACAAUGCCGAAGGUACAAAUGAUACUGCAACGCUUCACCUCUUCGCGGACAAAUCAUCACCAGACGAGAAACGAAUUCGUUACCAACACCUAAAUCCAGCUACACAUUUCGACGAAAUAGUUCAAAACGCGCGUUGCGUGAUCCUAGCUGGAGGUACUAUGUCUCCCAUCCCUGACGUGACUUUGCAACUGUUCCCAACAAUUCCAGAGGAUCGGUUAUCCGUUUUCUCAUGCGGACAUGUCAUCCCUCACGAGAACCUCAAAUGCGUCGUCCUAGGCAAAGGUCCCUUAGGGAGAGAUCUCGAGUUCAAGUACAAAGCCCGAGACGAUCAAUCACUUACGGACGAGCUCGGACAAUGCUUAUCUAACUUGGUCUCUAUUAGCCCGAACGGCAUCGUCGUUUUCUUCCCUUCAUACACCUUCCUUGACAGAGUGAAGAGUCGGUGGACCUCUAACGGCAUCCUAGACAGAAUUCAAAAGAAGAAACAAGUCUUCUUCGAACCACACGAAAGCAGCGAAGUCGAAAACGUCCUACGCGACUACAGCAUCGCAUGUACCCAGGUAACAACCGGACCGACCAAAGGCGCUCUCCUACUCGCAGUAGUCGGCGCAAAACUCUCCGAAGGACUUAACUUCGCCGACGAACUAGCUCGAGCAGUCGUACUCGUCGGGAUUCCAUACCCUAACCUGGGUUCCCCUGAAUUACGAGAACGAAUGAAGUACCUUGACAAAAAGAUGGUUGGCAGAGGGAACAACACCGGUAGAGCAGGCAACGAGUUAUAUGAAAACCUUGCGAUGAGGGCCGUCAACCAAAGCAUAGGUCGUGCAAUCCGACAUCAAAACGACUGGGCAGCCCUCAUCCUCAUCGACAACAGAUACAAAUCUCAAAAAGUCCAACAAAAGUUACCCGGUUGGAUACGUCAGAACAUCACAACACCUCAGUCAUUCGGACAGGCAGUCAAAGAGCUUGGCGAAUUUUACAGAGCAAAGCGCACUAGUAGAUAA